UAUGUUUUCUUGUGAUUAAAUUUUGUGUCUUGGAUUGUUCUACAGCAGCCAGCUACUUGUUUUUCAAUUGGGACUGUUUUAAAGUGAAAAGCCAGGUUAGAGAAGACUCCGAGAGUAAACACACGGGAUUUGGCAUCAAAGCUGUAGUGGAUACAUAUCAUACGGGCUCAAACAGUGAACAUCUUAUUAAUAUCCUCGGAAUGCCGAAUGUCGAUAUAAGUGACGAGAUAUAUGUUCCAAACGAUAUCGCAGAGAGUCUUGGUGAAAGGGAUAAAAGGGAAGUCUUCAAAGAUGUUUUAAGUCAGAAAACUAAAGGCAAGUCUUUGUUGAGGUUUGACAAAGAACAUGCAGAAUAUCCUGGAGGAAGAAUCCAUAGCGCGCUUUUAAACUUGCAAGAAGAAACGAGGCAAGAAUCAGCAAUCAAUGCCCGAUACAGAAGAGCUGCAAAACAAAAAAGAAAGUGCAAACAAGAUCCGAGCAAAUGCAACAAGCGUGGAAACAAUGGCUCGAGGAGAUCGAAAAAUAAACUUGCAAAGCGAAUAACAGAGUUGGAACUUCGUGUUACCGCGAUGGCCAAGUCAGCUAACGAGGUAACCGAGGCUAAUCUGAAAUCAGCACACUUCGUCGGAUUACCGCCAUCUGCGUUUGAGAAAAAGAGCAAACAAUCUAAAAAACUUCUGAAGUUUCAAAUAGCACACAAGGAUCAACAACCUCCCAUUCACUUAAAAGAUCCUUCUACAGCAGUGGUUGAUGAAGCAGGAACAUAUUUCGUUUAUGCUUCGGCUUUAGUUAGAAGCAAGUCGGUCGACACCUACAUUGAGAUUGAGUUUAAAGACCAACAAGGCACAUUGAAAGAAAGGUCCAUUAGUCAAAAUGGCGUGGACAUUGGCGUGAAUGUUGGUGUCACACGCGAAAGUCAAAGCAAAACUUGUACGCUGCAUGGUCUUGUUUCUCUUGAUGUUAGUGAUUCAAUACGACUUUAUGUGAAUAACGAUGAAAGCACAAAGUUCGAAACUUUCGGGGUAAUUAAGAUAAACAAUUUCAAUUAAAGUUACUAACAUUUUUCUAGAAUUGCUUACCUUUGUAACACGAAAACGCAUCGUACAAAUAAAAUACGAUGAUACAUCUAAAGUUUGAUAUUGUAAUGAUAUGAACAAAAAAAUAAAACAAAAUAAAACAGGCGAACCAAUUGCAUGGUUUCAUUGAUCAGAAGAUAAGUUCAAGUGUGUAUAUUAAUUUAGAUGUUUUACUAUGUCAGUCCCUUAAUGUUGCUUAAACGAUCCACUGAAUGUAUAGAUAUGGUAUUUUGUAUUUCUGUAUUUUGUUUUCUUGCAUUUAUAUGACAUUGUUUUAUGACAAGGACGUAGUAUUUUCACUGCGACAUAUUGUUGCACGUUUUGAUAUAUAAAUAGUCCAAAAUAACCAUCAAGC